AUGUCAUGUAACGGAGACACCUCGGAUAAUUUCUCUUCGUCGAAGGUAAACGAAGCAAAAGCGACAAGGACCUGUUCGAAACGAAGCAAAAGCGACAAGGACCUGGCCAAAUCAUUCGCCGAAACGUUCGCGUACGUCGUUCGUCAAACGAAGAUGGACGUCGAUCGGAAGAUGAAGGAGCUGAAGGAUUUGUUUGCGAAAACCGGCGAGGAACUGCUCGAGCUGGUGAGGAGCAACGAAAAAUUCGUAAACGGGGAAAUGCAGAAGGUGGAGGAAGCUGUUCGAAAGAGCACCGAGGUACGCGCCGCGGGGAAGAUGGACCGUCUGCGGGACGUCAAAGACGCCUACGACGAGGGAAUAAAAAUCUGCAACAAGAAGGCCGCGAACGCGCUUCGCGCCGCGAAGACGGCGUGCGAUCAACGAAUUCAAGAGGCUGACGCGUUGAGGGGCACGAUGAGACAGGUCCUGAAAGAGUGUCUGCGGACGAACGAUUUCGUCAAGUGCAUCGCGAGCGAGACGAAGGAGGCUGUGAAACAGCGAAAGCGGAUCUCGAACGAGCUGAAAGAAACGAUGAAAAGCGCGGAGGCCUCGGUCGCCGAGCAGUUACAAGAGGUGGUGAAAUGUCACGCGAACGCUCGGGCGGAAGCUCUUCGGAAAUUGCAGAAAAUUCUGAAGGAUACGAAAGACUCUGUCAA